AAGUAUAUUUUGAUUCAAAGGUUAAAAAUGAAAGCAGCCGUGAUUUCUUUGGUCAUCAUUGUGUGUGUGGCUAUACUGGCGGUAAGUGUUAUGAUAAAGUUCGCCUCAAACCUAUCGGAAGAAGAGCGACAGCGCGUUCAUGGACUAGAAAGCUAUCGGAUCGGUCAAAACAUACUCGCCAAAAUUGAUGCUAAUCUAAAUACAAAAAUAGCAAACAGAUUCCCAUACGUCGCUGCUAUCGUAAGAAACGGCUCAAAUUCUUGGAAUUCAGUCUGUUUUGGCAGUGUUAUUCUAGACAAAUGGCUGGUGACUUCUGCGCACUGUAAGAAGGCGAGUACAGGUUUUGUACGCCACAAAGUCUUGCUGCUGUACGACUUUACAAACAACUCGAGUCGUCUGUACGACGUGGUUUUCUGGAAAGCACACGAGAGAUUCAACGGUUCACUUCUUUACGACAUAUCGGUUGCAGCGUUCGAUAUGAGAACCACUUUAAAGCUUAAAACGUCGAACGUGGUAGAAAUGCAAGUACCAGAAGUAGACGCCUGUAUUUGGAAGACGGUUUCCUCGAUGAAUAGAAGGAUGUACCUCUUAAAUGACAUAGAAAGAUACACCCUGAGCGUGGCUCCGCCCGAGAGAUGUGGCGAAUUCUACAAUAUUACUAUUAACGAGAGCCAAAUAUGUGUAGACUUGUCUAGCUAUGAGGACUGCUUCAUCUUUGAAUUUGGUCCCGUAUUUUGGGGAAAUAAUUUAGUCGGCGUUUUAGCACAACAGCCAAAGGAUUGCGAAGGAAAGCUUGCAAUUUUUACAAAUGUUUCAUAUUUUUCGCCGUGGAUUACCCAAACUAUAAAGGCAGCACCAUUUUAGAAUAAAUUUUUUC